AUGCCUGAGGCACGCCUAGUUGACUCCAAGGCGACCUUCGCCUCAUUCAACCAUCUACUCGAUGGACGCAUCCUCAGAGCUCUGGCCGAUAUGGGCUUCGCUCGCCCUACCCUCGUUCAAACAAAAGCGAUACCUCUAGCGCUUGAAAACCGUGACAUACUGGCGCGGGCGCGAACAGGAAGUGGAAAGACCGCGGCGUACUGCAUCCCCGUUGUGCAGAAGGUCUUGAACACCAAAGGGAACAUUGCAAUUGACGACCCGAAACGACAAGCCACUCGUGCACUCAUACUGGUACCGACCCGCGAAUUGGCGGAACAGGUGUCUGCGCAUCUUCGCAGCCUGUUAACGUACUGCGAAGACGAAGUUUCGGUCGCCAACGUCUCUUCGGGUACAACCACUCACCUCCAGAAAACAUUACUGUCGGACAAUCCUGAUGUCGUCAUUGCUACUCCUUCGCGCGCACUAGCACUUCUGCAGGCGAAGACUAUGUCCCUGGACGCCCUGGAGUCUUUGGUUAUCGACGAGGCAGAUUUGAUUCUGUCGUACGGGCACGACGAAGACGUCCGUCAAAUUUUCAGCGGAGGCUUUCUCCCCAAGGUUUUCCAGUCGUUCCUCAUGAGCGCUACGAUGACCGAGGAUGUCGAGGCACUCAAAGGUCUUGCGCUGCGUAGCCCGGUCAUUCUGAAGCUCGAGGAAGACGAGGACGAGGCGGCAAAUUUGACGCAGUACUCCGUUCGCUGUUCGGAAGUGGACAAAUUCCUUCUGACGUAUGUCAUUCUGAAGCUCAGGCUCAUCAAGGGAAAGUGCAUCCUGUUCGUGAACGAUGUCGACCGGUGCUACCGCCUCAAGCUGUUCUUGGAACAGUUCUCUAUCAAGAGUUGUGUGUUGAACUCUGAGUUGCCUCUCAACUCCAGGUACCAUACGGUACAGGAGUUCAACAAAGGCGUGUAUGACUACAUCAUCGCUUCCGACGAGAGCACGGGCCGAGGAGAGCAGGACUCGGACGAUGAGCAGGAGGAAGAUGCUGCAGAGGAGAACGAAGACGACUUCAUGGACACCCAACGCGAGGCUGAAGAUGCCGCUGUUGCUGCUCCCGCCGACCCUGCGCCCGAAGACGCCCCCAAAUCCCUGAAACGCAAAAAGGCCACGAGCGAGCCCACACCAGAGCCGUCGUCAUCAAAAAGCAAGGCGAACAAGCGCAAACGGCGUAAAGGCGCGUCCGACGCAGAGUACGGCGUCUCGCGCGGCGUGGACUUUGUAGACGUCUCCUGCGUGAUCAACUUCGACCUCCCCACGUCCUCGCGUGCGUACACGCACCGCGUCGGGCGUACCGCACGCGCGGGGCGGACAGGCAUGGCGCUCUCGUUCGUCGUGCCCAAGGAGCAGUGGGGGCGGAAUAAGGUCGUCGGCGGCGUGGAGAGCGCUCUGCGCGAUGAGGAGAUUUUCGCGCGCAUCGAGCGCGAGCAGGCUGCGCGCGGGAGCCAGCUGAAGGAGUAUCAGUUCGACAUGAAGCAGGUCGAGGCGUUCCGGUACCGCAUGGAGGAUGCGCUGCGAGCGGUUACGCGGAGCGCGAUCAAGGAGGCGCGCAUCAAGGAGCUCAAGACGGAGAUCCUGAACUCGGAUAAGCUGAAGGCGCAUUUCGAGGACAAUCCGCUCGACCUUGAGUACUUGCGGCACGACAAGCCGCUGCAUCCCACACGGGUGCAGUCGCACAUGAAGCACAUCCCGAAGUACCUCUUGCCGCGUCUUGCGGCUGUGCCGGGUGCAGAGGGCGGGGGCGAAGGCGAUGCGAAGCCUGUUCCUGUCGCGGGAGAGGUCGGGUUCGUGCCGUUCAACAAAAAUGGCGCUAGGGGGCGCGGGCGGGGACGCGGGAGGGGGCGUGGCGGCAGAGGCGGCGCGGGCGGCAGAGGAGGCAAGAAAAAGUCGGAUCCCCUGAAGAAAUUCGGGUGA